UGGGGGGGAGGGAGAGGAGCCGGGGGAGCGCGCGCUCGUAUGUAAAUGAGCGGGCGUGAGGUCAGAGGCAGAUGGAAAAGGGAACAGAAGGAAUGGCCGCCGCGGCUCCCGCUCCUCCUGCCGCCGCCUCCCAGUGCCGGAGCCCCCGCUGCACGGCGGAGCGCAGGGGAGUCCGCCGAGAACUCGACUCCUGGCGGCACCGGCUCAUGCACUGUGUGGGUUUUGAAAGUAUUUUAGAAGGGCUUUAUGGACCAAGGCUACGAAGAGACCUCAGUUUAUUUGAAGACUGUGAGCCAGAAGAGCUAACUGACUGGUCUAUGGAUGAGAAAUGUUCCUUUUGUAAUUUACACAAAGAAACAGCCAGUGAUCGUGCAUCAGUUAUCGGUUCUUCACAGUCAACGCCUACAGAGGAACUGUCAUCUCAGGGCCAGUCCAACACUGAUAAGAUUGAAUGCCAAGCAGAAAACUAUCUAAAUGCACUCUUUCGAAAGAAAGAUCUUCCUCAGAACUGUGAUCCUAACAUUCCCCUAGUUGCUCAGGAAUUAAUGAAAAAAAUGAUCCGUCAGUUUGCGAUUGAGUACAUUUCAAAAAGUAGCAAAAUUCAAGAGAACAGAAAUGGUUCAUCGUUUGAACCAAGUCUGAUGUGUAAAAGUGUCCAAAUGAACCAAACGGAAAACUCCCUUCAGGAAGAACAGGAUAGCCCUCUAGACCUCACUGUGAAUCGAACUCAAGAACAGAAUACUCAGCAAGGGGAUGGAGUGCUAGAUCUCUCUACGAAGAAAAGCGCAAGGUUGGAAGAACCAAAAUAUGAUCCAUUGUGUUCUGAAAACUCAGUGUCUGGUUCAAGCUCAACAGCUGAUGCAAAUUCAGAGGAAACAGCUAAUUUGGAGAAAGGAAAAUCAACAUUAAACAAAGUUUUGGAGUCUUUUUGUUCAUAUCACUGGCAACAGACUCUGGCUAUGUUAAAAUUCUUAAUACAAGACGAAAAUGUUCCUAUAGUUUGCAGUUGCAAGCAAACACAUUUGGUCCACUCUGAAACUCCCAGUUCCCUUACUGAAGAGGAUGUUCACGUUUCAUUUUGCAGUUGCGAUGGACAUGUGCUGACGAAAAGGUGCUGUUUACAAAAUCAAAGGCCAAACACUUGUUUACCACCUCUGUCUGUUUGUAUUAAAGAUUUCCAUUCUUUGUCAUGCCAAGCUGUAACGAUUGGAUGUAUUAAGACAAUGGUGAACAAAGCAUGUAGUUCUCCUAAGUAUUGUGCUGACCAAUUGCAAAAUUAUAACAGGCAUUCUGUGAAAGCAGCAGCAUGUACUUACUCAACUAAGGACUGUGAUCUCUUAAGCAGCAUUAAAAAUGCAAAUAGAUCUCGCAGCCCAUCACCACCUCCACUGUCACCUGUACACAGCAAAGAAUUUGAAUCAUCGGAAGGAUCGGUUAUGGAUUUUCCAACUUUAGACAACAACAAGCUUGAAAUAUCCAUCAACCAGCCUCCAUCCCUCCUGCCAGCUGAAGGAAGCAAAGAAGAAUUUGAAUAUGGAGGUAAAACACGCAAAGGAAAAGAGACCAAAUGUUCAGAUGGAACAUGGAUGUCAAUAGACACCCAAAGCAGUGAUGAUUACAUUAGUUCUGAGAAGUCUGAGCAGGGUGAACAUUCUGCCAUUUUUCAAGGUUUAAUGGACCGCAUUAAUGAAAAGCUGAAAUCAAUAGACACUACAGAUAUAGCAACAAAUCUUGUAAAACUUUCUAGCAGUGACAGGGCACCAGAAAAUGAUGUCAAAUUGGGAGACUUUGUAACGUCUCUUUUACAUAAUGCUAAGGCAAGUGAUUACAGCUUUAUGGAAUUACUUCGCCAACACGAUAAACAAAUGGAAAAUAAAAUCAUCCAGACAAGAUUUCGCAAGCGUCAGGAAACUUUAUUUGCAACAUAUAAUUCUCCUGAUUCACCAGUCAUUCGACGACAGUCUUUGCAAAUCAAGAGAGAGCUUGCAAGCCUUGAUGAAACUCUUGUGAGAAAAAAGUCAAUUUCUGAGAGAAAUGCAAAGAAAUCUACAAAAAAAUUCGAUAAAAUACAUCCAAAUAAAAGACAUAGUUUUACUGUGAUAGAAGAUGAGGCUUUGCAACAUCUUGAAAGCAACCCAUGUGUGAAUUGCCAAACCAAACCAAUGUGCUUUCCAGUACACCAAACAGAGUCUUUCAAACUACCUCUUACUAAUUUUCCAACCAACUCUGGCUUUUUAGUUCUUUCAGAAAACAGUGCUAUUACAGCCAACCAGGCAAAACUCCCAAAUACACAAGGAGAUGGUGCACCCUUACAAGAGACUGGUCAGAUUCCUCUAAAGGAUGAGAGUAAUGAAAUCUUGGGCAGAACUAAACGUAACGUUGUACCUCCUGGAUGGUACUCUGUGUAUGUAACAAACAAUAUCAUGUUUAGAAAAUCAUCCAGUGCAAAAAAGUCCUUAGAAAGUUUGGAAAACAUUAAAAUAAAUGAAGAUGCUGAAAGAUGCAGUGACAUAAAUAUAAGCAAAAUUGUGAGAGACACAAAUCUGCAAGUUGUUGUGGAGCGUUUAGAAGAUACAUUAAACUUAGCCAGAAAGAGUAACAACUCAUUAUUGGAUAGUUACAAAAUAAGCCAAAAAUUAAAAGAUAAUGCUUACGAACAGGUUAUGAACCCAGCUGCUAGAAGGGGCUUACCCUUCACUCUGAGUGAAAUGGGAUGCACAGGACAAAGCUUCCUUUCACAUUCACAUGUGCCAAGCAGCAGUAAAAUCAGAGCAAUUUGUGUCACAACAAACAAACAAGAAAUGGUUAUAGAUCAAGAAAUUAAUGAUGGCCUUUUGAAAUCUCUGACUUUUAAUUCUUCCAGCUCAAAUUCCAAUAAUGGGGACUUGGAUGCAACACCUGAAGCUGGGGAGAUCUCAUCUCCCUUAAACUACUCUAGUCCUGUUAAGCUUAUGUUUGUCUCAGAGGUCAAUAGUCAUGAAGGAGUCAAAUACACUUUGACAUCUGCAGCUGCAUCUCCUAAAGGAAGCACAGAUCUCUGUUUGUUUCAAGGGCACACGAACACUUCGUUAGACAAACAGGCCACAGGAGACCUUUCUCAUGCAGUCUGUGUCAUGGACUGUGAUUGCAGUGAAAAUGAUACCAGGGAGGAGUCAAGUUGUGUUUAUGCAGAAGCAAUUACAAGCUCUUGUCCAGUUGGUCAGACUAACGUAAAUGACUUGAAAAAAAAUGAUGAAAUUGUGGAGAAAUCAAGCAGUAGCAGUGAAUUGGUUUUAAAAAGAAAACCCGGUAGACCAAAGAAAAUAGGUCCUCAAGUAGUUAAGCAGGUUAAGAGACCUAUUGGACGGCCUCCAAAACCAAAAAUGGAUAUGAAUGAAAGCACAAAAGCUAGACCUGAACUUGGCAGUGGUGGUAAAAGCAUCAAGUCUGAUGCAGCAGUAUUGGAAGAAGCUAACAGCAACAAAAAUAUUACUGUGACAGUUGUUUUUGGAAGGUCAAGAAGAACAAAGAGACAUGUUUCUGAAGGUAAUCUAAAUGUGAUUAGUGUGCUGCCCACACAACAUAUUGAUUCUAAUUUUGCCAAUGACCCCAGCAAAGUGAGGCACAAUACAGAAACUGGAAAUGCUUUGACUGAAAUAGUAAAAGCCUUUCAGAAUCCUGCUACUGAAAAGGAGGAGGUCUCUGGUUAUGACUAUGUCAGACCUAUCAAGAGUAACCCAGCAUCGCCACAUCCUUGCAGCAAUGUCAUUCGGCAGAUUAAGAAACCAUUAACCACCGUUCGAAAACCUGGUAGGCCAGCAAAAGUAAAAAUUUCUGGCAUAUCAGUGACUGUUAGUAGACUUUCACCUCAGGAAAGAAAAGUGAGCAUUAGCAACGGUUUGCCUCCUUUACAACAGCAAAAUGUGUUAGAAAAAAACACACCACAGGAGAGAAAAAAUCAACUGUGCAAUAAUAUGGGUCAAGUAAAGAACGUGCAGAAAGAUUCUAGAGAAGAUGGAUCACCCAAUGUUACUGCAGCAAUGUCAAGAAAACGUGACAUUCCAUCAAGACAUUCUGCUAGAGACAGAAAACCCUCACUGCAUUUUUUACAUUCAUUAGCAUCUUCUAGUGCAUUUACUUGUAGAAGUGCCUUACUACAUAAGUCUUAUAAACUCCAUUUGAAAAAAGCUAAAGAGCGAAAGGAAAAACGUGCGCAAUCAAAUCAGAGCACAGCAUCCAAAGAUACCUCAGAGCUGAGAAAUUUGGGAAAUGCUAAAAAGGAUCUUAAGGAUGAUGAAUUCGGACGCAUUAAUGAAGUAUCAUCAGAUCCCAUAUUUUCAUCAAAUCCCUCUCUCAGGUGGUGGCCUACUUCCACUUCGAGUGACACUUUGUUGGAAGAACUAAAUAAUAGAUUUGAACAGAUAACUAAUACCUGGUUGCGCGUGGGGGGAAGUGAGUCUGAUAAAUGUGUAUGUGAAAAAAGGGAUCCCAUUGAACAAGACUGUAAUACUGAAAUGUCAAACCCUUUAGACUCCUGCCUUGUAGAACUUGAAACAUCACCUGUAAAAAUGCUUUUUCAGAAAAAGUAUAAUAUGAAUGAACUCUGCACCUGGUUUAUGCAAACUACAGAAACACAGUCUCUCUCUCUAGUGAGAAAGGCAAAUGCUCGCAAUCCCUUAGAAGUAGUUAGUACUAGAGAGACAAAGACAGAAACUAAACAAUCUGAUCUUAGUACUUGCCCUUUCAGAAAGCACUUUAAAAAGUUUGCACUAUCCUCCCCUUCAAAACCAGCAGGGAAAUUGCAAAUAUUGCAUAACAUAGUGAGGUCUCCAGUCUUAAACAUGAAAAGUAAUUUCGCAUUAGCCAGAUUAAAAAGAAAUGAAUUUAAAAAGUUGCAGCGUGAUAGUUGGGGACAAACAAAAAAGCUCUAUAAUGCAGCUCCUGGAGGCUGGAAAUCAAAAAAGAAAAAUUUGCAGUUAUUUUGCCAAAGCCAAUUGUUUAAAAGUACAAGUGGGGAAACCAAUGAUGAAACACCCAAGCUCCAGGAAAAAAAUAUGCUAGAAAUCCAGCCCGCUCAGACUUUGUUAGAGUCUCAGAAAAGCCUCUUGCCAACUGAAAAUGAAGCCAGAGAUGCAUUUGUUCAACAGAUGAUGGGAUCGUCUGACUUUAACCCACAUCCUGGUAUAGCAAACAUACUUAAGUCACAUCCAGAGACGAAUGGAACAAUUUGUUGCCAGCAAAAUGUUAGAAAAGAACAAAGCCAAGAUAAACUGUUUCAAAAUACUUGGAAAGCCAAAACCUUUAAAGACUGUAGGAUAUUUCUGAGAAAAAUCAACCAUAUUGAGCAGCACAAUUCAUUUAAGCUAAAUAAUGUCAUUUAUUCUCCUGAAGCUGUUGAGAGUAAAAGCACUCAGGCCUAUAUGGAAGAAAAAAGACAUCCUCUUUUAAGGUCCCAUUCUACUAAGCAAAAUGCAUUAAAGAAACAAGAAAAUGAAAUGGAAACAUCUAAAGGAUCUAAUUCCUCUAAAGUGACUGAAAGGCUGGAUGACCAGUUUCACAGCAGAAAGUUAAAUAGUAGUGUAAACCAGGACGAUAAUCCUGCUGGUAGUUCUGAAGUUCUUAUCAGAAUAAACAAAAGAAAAAGUCCACAAUGGGAGACCACUGAUACAAAUUUAAGAAAAAGGCAUAAGAGACAAUCAUGCAGUAGUGGACAAAUGGCACCUUAUUACCCAAAGUACCAAGGGUACUGUUGCAUUACCAGGGGAUUGUCUGAUACAGAAAUGAUGUCUUGUUUUGGCACAUUGAUUCAACAUUGUGUAUUCUCCACACCAGCCAAGGAAAUCAUACAACCAUUUUUAGUUGGAGUACAGCUACUGCCCAAAAAGAAGGAACAUGAUUUCUAGCUGUGCAUGCAUGUGACUUUAAACAUAAUUCCUGCAUCUGGAACUUUAAUGCAUAUGAAAACAUCAUUAUUCGUUCAUAUGUUCUUUGGAUUGUAUUUUUGUUGAUGUGGUACCAUAAACUAUAUCAUUGUUCUGUUGUCAUGCUUGAAAUGUUGUUAUAUGCACAUUUAUGGUCAAUAUUUGAAGUUUUUCUUCAAGUUUUACUGAUCUUGGGGUCUUACCAAAUGUUCUUGAAAAAGACAGGGUUUGUGAUGCUAUUUUAUUGUGAAGCAUUGUAGCAGGUAGGCAGAAUGUUGUUACCAAAUUUUUAUGUAUACUCAGUUUUCACUGUCAUGUACAAGCGGGAAUAAAGCAAUUGAGUUCUUACAGGUCAGGGCAGUAUCAAGCAACCAUGUACUCAUUGUAGCAACAGAAGAGAGUUAAUCACUUUUUCACAUUACCUGUUGUGUUCAAGAUAAGGUGGCUGGUAGAUACAUAUGAUAUUUCUUACUACUUCUGAACUGUUGCUUCAACAAUGCAUUUGAUGUGUUGAGGAGCAGUUCCCUUUUACUGUAAAUCUAUGUUCUGGCCAUUUUAAUCUCUUCAGCAACACUGAAACACUGUUAUUCUCUAUGGUGGCAAAGAAAAUUACAUAAGCAUGUUUUUAGGAAAGCAUUUAUGUCUUCUUUUCAUGAGAGCAGUUCACUCUUUUUCCUUGUAACACUAAAGGUCACAUUCAUGUGCUUUGGACUGGGCCAAAAGGCUUCAAGAAAGCCAAGCUAAAAUAAGAGAAACUGUUAUCCAACAAUAAAACUGGGACACUGAAAAAUACUUCAUUUUAUGAUCUUACAGUGUACUGAAUAGUUUAAAAAUCUGCUUCAGGGGAUGUGGACUUUAAACAGAUGCACAGGAGGCUGUGGACCUUCUUGGUAGCAGGCAGUGCUGUGCUGACAUCACCUACCUGUUCACUUGCCCUUCAUAUCAGGGUGGGACUUUUGCAUAGAAAAGCUUUUAAAAAUAAUUCCAUUCACUUGAAGUUAGGCUAUUUUCUUCAUCUAAAGUGAACUUUUUCAUUUUCUCCCUUACAGUUUGGCUUUUCUUCAAGUAGCCUGGAGUUUUAGAACAGAAACCUGUCAGAUUUUUCGGCAGAGAAUAUGAAUUUUCAGUUUUAAUUUUUCAUCAUGUUUAAAUGUGGUUUUUAAAUGCUAUCUUAAUGAAAUCAAGUUAGUGCAGUACUUGAAAUGAGAAUUUGCUAAUUUUUAUAGUCAUUUCAAAGUUGACUGCAAGAGUUAAGAAUCUUAGCUAUGAAACUUUGUGAGUUUAAUUGAUCUCUUCGUUGUGCACAUAAAAUAACAAGGAUGUUAAUAUUACAGAUAAACCUUUUCUUAAGCUUGACUCCCCAUUACCAUAAAUUUUCUCUAAAAUUGGGGGGGAAAUUUUGUGAACUCUUUUUUACACAUCUAUAUUAGUAUAGCUUUAAUAUUCCAGUAUCGUUGAGUAUUUGUCAUAGGGUAGUGCAAUCCAGUAGUGAUAAGGGUACAAAUGGCAAUCACUUCUCUACUGCUGUGGAAGACAGCCUCACACCAAUGAUCUUGUGACAAAAUUGAUUGUCUUUAGCAGGGCUAUUCAGCUUUCUCUUUCAUGAAGGAGCAUGUUCUACACUCCUAAUUAGGGACAAAUUUAAAAUAAUAGGUUAGGUAAAGUGCAAAAGAGACAUUGUAACAGCCUUUAAAUCUGUUGAUUUUGAGAAAGCUCUUUUCACAAAGGCUUUUCAUUGGAGGGUUACUUGGCUCUAAAAUAAGUUUCACCUGUGAUGCAGAGUAAGCAAAUAGAAAUUUUCAGAACUGUAGUUGCCAGACAACAGGUUACUUUUUCACAGUCAGACAUUAAGCAAAGUAAGAACAUUAAUAGAAAUGUAGGAAGAGUAUGAAAUGAAUGACUGUUCUCAUAAGUGGGCCAUUUUUAAUGCAGAUGUAUAAAAGCAGAAAAGUAGACUUGAUAAAUAGUUGACUAUACAUGUACAAUAAAUCCUGACUCAUUUAAUGAACUUAAUGGUCUAUUGCCUUAUUCCCCAUAAUGCAACAACAGCAGCUUCAAUACCACAGUUUAAUGCUCUAUUUUGUUUUACACUCUGGAAUUCUACUUGCCAAAUGCAAUUACAUACAGUCUUUUCUUCCCUUUUCUUUUUCUCAUAUCGUGAUCUAGUGUAGAGUGUAAAAGUUUUGGGUGCUAUUUACUUCUAAACUGUAGUUAUUUACAUAUUGCCUUAGGCUAUGCUGUUCCUUAUGUUCUUUUGAGGGUUCUCAGCUAAGGAUUUUUACUUUUGCUUCUUUGAAUGAUAGACUUCUUUCAAAGAACUCAACUCUGAAAUCUUUAAUUUCCUUUACCUGCUAGGAACUGUGUGUAGUUUAGUGCCAUGAUCAGUAAGCCUUUAUGUAGCAUUUAUAUACCUAGUUUUAUACCCAAGUUGGGGCUUUUUUGUCAUUUUAUUCAGUAUUGUUUUGUUAUCAUCUUUUAAUUUUUUCUCUUCCAAAACUGAGGAACUCAUACUCACGCUUUCAUAUUUGUCCUCAGUCCUGAGGAAAUGAGCAAAAUUUUCAGCUUUCUUUAGGGAACUGGUAAUACUAUAUAAAUAAAGACCAGCUUCCAUCUUUCUACUUAAGUCUUUCUCUAGAAGAGAAAAUAGCAGUUUUUCAAGGCCUGCUCAGCACUUUUGAAAAUCUGACAAUACAUAUCCUUUUUAAAAUCCUCUUUUCUCUGAAGAGUUUACAGCCUUAAAGCAGAGCUUCAGUUGCUGUUAGAUAGAAAAGGAUAGAGGUCAAUCAACACAGCCUGUGAAGAUGUAACUUGUAAAUUAAGUAUGAAUGUAGUCUGACUGUCACGGAACAGGUUAAUUAUGCUGAGACACUUCCGCAUUUUGGUGUUGAGCUCUGGGAAAAUAGUCCUAUUCAAAAAAGGUGCUUUAAUUCAUAGAGACCUGUGUACUGUGCCUUAGUUUGCACUCCUCUAUUGUUUAUAUACUAAAGCUAAUGCUGCUUUUUUUCUUUCAUCACAUAUUUGUCAGUGUCUUAAACUAGAACCAUCAGUUAGUUACAUUCAAAAAGUGCAGAUUCUGAUUCCAGAAUUGAGGGGGGAAAUUUAAAUGACUGAGCUGUUGUUUGCAUGUAUUCUUGGGUAGAUUUUCCUUCCCUAAUUCCUCCUUUGUUCAUCAAAGGAUAGUUUUAGUCUGACCUUUGAUGAUUUGAAAUCUUCUACAGAUUUUCAAGCCAAAUAUAAUGCCACGUAUUUAUUCACUGUUUAUCCUUUCACUAACAGGGUCCUUUAAGUUUGCUAUGAUUACACAAUUGUGCCUUAAAGGUAUUGUUUAAAUAAGCUUUGAGACUAAUAGAAGUGUUUUUUGUUAUUUUAAAGUAUUUCAGGAAAAAGCCUAAACAUUUGUUUUCAGGACUAUACAGGGUGGUGCUAAUUCUUACUAAGUUACCUAAAAUUCUGUUUCAAAUGUAGGUUAACAUUUGGUGGCUGUUAGAAAUCAUAUUUCAUUUUUUAUGUUCCUUUUUCCUUGUGUUCAUUUGGUAACUGUAUAUUAAUUUAAUAGAAAUAUGAUUUUUGUCAUGUUUUAAGGGCACCAUUUUCUUUUCAUAAGCCUUUUUUUCUCUGGUGUUUCCUGUGGUCAACAUGAGAAUGAAAGGCCCUCUAAAAUGGCCUUGAGCCUUGGGUGUUCCCAAGCAUAACUGAGUGUUUCUGAAAGCUGUUGACAGCCUUCAGGUUCUAAUUAAGACAGAUAUUUUUGCAGUAAUCAACAACUAAUUAUAUGGAUGUAUCUGAAUGGAAAAUGCUUUAUAUGGGAAGCUCAAGAUUUUAAGAGCAGCAUUUUGCAUUCACAUGCACACAGAACAGCAUCACAGCUUGGUGUCGUGCUUCAUGUUUUCAAUGAAGUAUAAAAUAUGAUGGUGUUCUUGGUGUAUAAUGCAGUAAAGCAAGUUUAUGGAGUCCUCAUUAACAAUGUUUACUUCGUACUUAUUUUAAAAAAUUUAUUAUAUAUUUUAAAAUAAAUCAGAAGAAAAUGUUUGGAAAUCGAAAUUAUGGUUUUUACCAAAUACAGUUUUAUGGAAAUGUAUGGUUUAUAGACCUGUACCUGAAUAUAUUUGUAAGGGAUAUGUACUACCAAUGAACUGUGAACCUUUCUAAGGUACAACUUUAAGAGAAAAUCACUUCUUUGAAAUACUGCAAAUAGAACUGAGAUUGAGAUCCCAAUUGAUAAAUUAUUUGGAAUUUUUUAAUUACUUUAUUGUUCACAGGAGUUUUUUAAUAGUGCUUUAUAAAAAGCUAGAAAACAAAAUAUUAAUUAUUUCACUGCUAGUAAAAGAAAAGAUUGAAGUUACUGUAACUGAGCAAUAAUUAAAGUGUGCUCCACACAUUUUAUUCCUAACCAGGUUAUGACUUGAUGUUUUUGAUUAGUUGCAGUAUACCUUGAUAAAGUAAUGCUGUUCUUGAGACACAUCUCUCUCCAUCUUCUUAUUUUAAUGCAUAAGGUAUCACCUUGAAUUGCUGCAGUUUUCGUAUCUCCUCUGUCUGUUAUUUCUUUUUUCCCCUUGUUGGAUUGCCAGCUUUCAGCUGAAUUACUUGUUUUCUUGUCUAAAUGCUCACUUUGUAUUUCAUUCUCAGUGUAUGAUUUUUCAUGAACUUUAUGAAUUACUCACUUUAAUAAGUCAGAUGAUCUAUGUUGUCCCUGCAAUUUCCUACCUUUUUUCCUUUCUCACAGAAGCAUGGGAAGUGUACACACUUUUUCAUGAGCCCAAACAGGAUGUCAAGUCACUUCCUAUCAGCUUAGCUCCUGUAAUGAAAAUUACACCAUUGCCAUUGGCUGUCUCUUCCAAUAUUAGCUAUCCCACUGCUUUUUGUAUAUCAUGAUACUUGUAUUUUUACAGCAGUAUAACAUUGGCUUGUGCUCCAUCUGUGAUCCCCAGUAGCUGCCCACCCUUUGUUACAGAAGUGCCCAACCUGCACUGGUGCAGCGCUGCGGUCCUGCAGAGCUGCUGUUUAUUCCACAGCAUUGCUUUUAUUCUUUUAGUUUAUUCAGAACCAUGUCUGAACCACUGUUCCGACCAUUUAGACCAUUACACUCUGGUUUUUGCACAUUUAUCUGCAUCCUCUCUUCAUACUUUGCUCUCCCUUAGUACCAAACUGUAACUAAUUCUCAGAUCACUCAUCAGCUUUCCUUUUAUUUCAAGUAUAAGUUUGUGAGUGCCAGAGGAUGCUCUGCAGAAAGUGAGUGCAGCCUAGUUUUAUUCCUGUUUUGGUUUUUACUGCAUAUUUCCCAUUGUGUACUAUUGGUGGUCCAUACUAUCUCUUACACCUGAUAAGAGAUUUAUAAUACUGUGAGCAAGAUGUCCAUGAGCCUUUCUCAGGUUUCUUCAAACUGAGAUGUGGAAAAUCCUUUAUAAGUAGCCAUACCUACUUUACAAUCCUCUUUUUCUUACUGAAGACCAGGUAACUCAGUUUUUUUCCUACAAUGUAAAGAUACAUGCUUUUUCCAAGGUCAGGAUGUUUAAAACAGAUUUUGUCUUCCCAGCUCCAUGCUUUUGGGCCAGCAGCUCUGGAUGCUUUAUAACUCUUGAGAAGUUACUGUUUCCUCUCCCAUAUGGCAACUUACACAUUUCUGUUCUUGUGAAACAGGUCAAGCAAUUUUUGUUUCUUUGCAUUUUUUUCAUAACUCAAAAAUGGUUUUCAUGACCAUUUUCUGAUGCUGAUUCCUCUCAUGUUCUAGACAUCAGUAAAGGCUACUUAGAUUAUUCUUCAAAUUCUUUAGAGUACAAAUAAGGGUUUCUCUUGCUAUGUGAGAAACUUCCUGAUUUAUGGAGAUUUAGGUGAGGCACUUUUUGCUGUAUUCUUUUGUUUAGUUUUGUCAAUCUGACAGAUUAUACUGUUUGAUUUUUUUCUUUCAGCAGCAGAAAUUCACCUGACUUAUGUCUGCAUUCAGAUUUAUUGGUUCCUUAUCACAAAUUAAACUUAGACAGACAUUCCACAAACUUUUCUUUCAGUGGCUGUGCCAACUCACCUACUCUCCAUCCUCCACUUCCUGCCACAUUCUUUUUUUCUCCAUAUCUAGGCAUCCAUAAAAGGAAUCAGUGCUUCUGUCUUUUAUUGUGGUUUGUCUCUAAGGGGGCAGGUAUCUUAACUUGGCUGUAGCUCUUUCUUCAGUGAUCAGCUUUAGAUCUGCUUCACGCUUACUGGUAGAAAUGGCCUCAACAUUAACUUAGGACUUAAAAUCCUUUCAAAAGCAUAAGUCUAUGCAUUUCUACUUGGUUUGGAAUGUUUUAUGUCAGUUGUCAAGCCAUCACUGAGUAAUGUGACUAUAUUAAUGUUUUUUAUGUAUUUCAUGUUUUUCCAAGCAGGUCUUAUGUAGGUGUUAUUCUUUGUUUUCACUUUGUAGCUCAGGGAAGAAUAUUUCUAAAUUGAGGUCCUGCUAGGAAUUAGAAUAAUAAGACUUUUACAUUUCAUAUUGAAAUACAUGCAUACAUGAAAAUUCAGAUGCUUAGAGAAGUCAGUCUUUUCAGAUGGAUCUUGUCACAGGUUCCUAUUACCUAAGGUGUGGAUUUCACAAAUAUGCAGAGGUUAUACUUGAUGUUUUACUGACACAGGCUCACCCUCAAAGCUCUCUUAUUUACAAAGGGUGAAAUCUUUGUUCAAACAAUGGAUUAUUUCUCAGUACAUGAAAUGGAAGCAGAGCUGAAAAAUUCUUGUCUAGAAGCCUUAAGAUGUUUUUCUUAAUUAACAAAAGUUCUUGUUCUCACUUAGGUUGUGCUGUCUUACCUAUAUGUGAAGUUUUCCAUUUGGAAUAAAGGGUAAAUUUUAGGGGGGGAAAAAGGGACUUAAAAUUAGGUUUCAGUAUUUUUAUUGGGGAACUUAGCAUAAAUUUCAAACAGUUCAGUAACAAUAAUUUAGUUUUAAAAUUUAAGAAAUUGCAAGUAAAUAGUUAAGAGCUAUACUCGAAGUAUCAAUUCUUGAAAUUGUGCCUUUUGUUACCUGUCUUUCUAGUUUAAAGUUCUAGAGAUGUGUGUUUGAAGAAAUUCCCUUGUGUAUCAUAUUUGUUGCUGACAUUUCCUAUUUAUCAGUUUACUACUCACAGCUGGUUUUAAAUUUUAUUUAAGUAGUAGAAAUCUCAGAAAAGGAAAUUACUUAUUUGCAAAUUGCUGUUUGACCUUCCUUAAUUCAGAAGUCUGGUGGGUUAUAAACCACCCAGGGACUGUCUCAUCAUAUUUCUGAGAUGAUCUCUCUCCAUAACAUAAUUGCAUUUAUAAUGUCAAAAAACUAUUAUGAAUUAAAGAUUUGAGCUUAAAUGACAAGAUUUCCAUAGCUGCAUUCAUCACAGCACUGAGAUGGUGGCAUUCUGCUUCCUCUGAGAGCAGCCUGAACUCACAGCAUAUGUAGUUCUGAACCUCCAACCUUUGUCUUAUUGUGCCUCAUUCAAAACCAUUUUUAAUUAUGAUUAGGUAGAAUAAAGAUAGCAAAACCUUUUUUUUCUGUUGUGGUAUAUUUCUAAUGCUAAUACAACAGUUCUCAUCUACACUACAGGUGUUUAGGGGAUUUUUAAUUUGUUUGCAUGCUUCUAACUUCUAGUAUUGACUGGAAAUUAAGUAGUUUCCUUUCAUGGAACUGAUGGUCAGAGGCAGACUUGUUUCACUGGAUGCUAAGAAUUCAUUAUGUCUAUCAUAAAAUGAAUGAUGCUUCCUUUCAACUGUUAGACUCAGCUGCUUUCUGUUUCCAAGAUCUUUUAAGACAGAGUACUAUGAAUAAUUUGAGGGAUAGAAUUAUUAUUUUUUUUAUCAGAUUAUAUACUAUCAUCACUAGUAAAUUAUGCUUCAAAAUUUUAUGGCUUCUCCAUGCCCACUUCAGUGACAGUUUACAGUAAUAUUUUACUUCCUUGUUCUUCAAGAAGCCUGUGCCUUCUGUGGACUCUUAAAUAAUCUAUAUUAACACAAAACAUGGGUGAUUCUUGUCAAAAAGAUCACUGUUCCAUAUAACUUUCACAGACUGCUUCAAAUAAUUAUAACUUUAAAAGGGGGAAGCAAUGUUGUCUAUAUUUAAACUUGUCAGCGUAUUCCAAUCUGUCCUGUAUUUCAGGGAGCCAUCCGGACAGAGCUCUGUACUUCCAUGGCUGCACAAGUCUGAUAAAUUUCUUUUGUAAAACAGUUUUAGUUCCCAAUUUUUGCAAUGAAAUUGGAAUUUAAACCUUUUAUGUUCUCUAUGAUCUGUUACACGUAAGGAAGUGAGAACAUUUUCUGAGGCUGACUGGUUUUGGGCAGAAAGUCAUGUUAUUUCUGUAACUGCACUCUGAAACUGUUGCCAUCCAUUCCGCUUGCCAAAAGUUUACCUGAAAAUGCAACCAUCUGCUGGUUGGUUUAUAAUUUUGUCUCUGUGCAAGUUAAACUUAAAGCUUGAAUAGUGUGUGGAUAUCUCAAUAUAUAGAUUCAGAAAAUAGCAACCACUAAGUAAUCCUCUUUCACUGACGUGCCACAGGCACUCUCCAAUUCCUGCUUGCCUCAUUUUAGUUCUCUUUCUCACGUUUUGUAUUUCAUUCCUAUUUUCUUUCUUCGUAUCCCUUUUAUUUUUCCUCAGACCAAGAAAACACUUCUGAGUUUGUCUGAAGAGCAGAAUAAACUUUCCACCAUAAUUUCGGUCUGGGAUUAUGGCUGGUUCUGACUUCCAUCCCUAUCUUUCUGUCUCUAUUUCGUUCACCGCCUGUCUUGGUACUCUGCUGUUUUAUUUGUCUUAGUAUUCCAGCUUUGUUAAACCCAGCUCUUAUAUCUAAUUUUUAAGACUCCCUGAAUCUUGCUUAUCUGCCCAGCUUGUUUUAAUCGAUUUCCAGGGCAUUUCUUUCUCUCUCUCAGAUUUCCAAAUGGGAUUCCAUCCACUCAGCUGAAAUAUAUUAUUUCUUAUUACAGUGAGAAUCCAUUUGGUAAAUGGAAAUAAGACACUAAAAUUUUGCUUUGUAGGUUUUUUUGUUAUUGCAUUUUGGCAUUGUGGAAAGAGCUUAAAUUUUAGAGACAAUCAGACUCCGUGUGCUUGGUUUACUUUCAUUUCAAUAUAUGUUCCAUUAUCAAAUCAAUCUCUGUUAGAAAUCAUGCUGAGUCAUUGUAGGUUUUUACCUGAUGUAUUCCACUAUUUCUGGUUUUGGGAAAUGUUAGAGUACUCUACAGAGAAAAUUUUUUUAUGCUCCUAAAGUUUUACUAUUUCUACUCAGUAUUUUGAAACCUGUAAAAACCUCAAAUCAGUGCUGUGUAUCAUGGAUGCUCUUAUGCUUUCCAAGCUAUCGAUUUACACAUCACUGUUGGUGGCCUUUAGCAAGUACAGUUUGCAGAAUUUUUGUCAGACAAGAGGGUAUAAGAACCAGUUUGACCUUGCUUUCAGCUGGUUCAGCAGGAGACGUUUUUAUCUGUAAGUGUUGCAAAAGAUUUAGAGAAACAGAACCCUACAGUGAUAGUUUCAUAGCUGUUUUACAGCAUACAAAGACACAGCAGUAAUGGUAGUCUCUGAUGGGAAAUGCUGAGGGGUCACCUAACAGUUAAGAGACAUUUUUCUCUAUUCUCACUUUUUAUUUUUCCUACUUUUUCCUUUUUUCUUUUUUUGCCAUGCUGUGACAUGUUGUAGACACAGAUUAACUCAGCAAAUGUAUGGAUUCGAGCUAGCCAGAUUUUUUAAAAAUUCCUGUUUUUCCUGAACAAUGUGGCUCCAAACUGCACAGAAAAUACACAGCUCAAAGAAAAUUAUUUUCAUUUUGUGCUUGGCAGCCUGUCAGCUUCUCCUGUGUUGUUUUCCCAUCCUGUAUUAAAAAUCUAUUUCUAUUAGCACAAUGAUUUGGGUAAAACUAAAUAAAGAAAUGCAAAAUUUCCCAAAGAAAUAUUUGCAUUUGUACAUCUUUAGCAGGAAGUGUAGAAAAGAGUGGGGUUUUCUUUUGCGCUUAGGAGCAUGGGAAGGCCACUUGUUGAUUACUUUAGUAAAAGGUUGAAUUCAAAGACCUUUCUAUUAAAUUCUUUUUGCUUUAAUGAUAGCAGGAAAUUUUUGAAGGGAGAGAUGAUCCUUUAAGGUCCUAGUGGGCCUGAAAACAUAAUCACAGACAGGGUUGUCUGCUUAGCCAGGGAGACCAGGUAGGACUUCAGAGGCCAUGGGCAGUACUCUGAUCUGGCUGCUGUGAUUUGUUAGAGUAACUGGCAAUUAACUCUUCAGCACUGUUGAAACAGAGUAAAUUCAUAGGUGAUUCGGUCCUGGUGAUAUGGGAACUUACAGUUGGAACACACAAAAAAAGACCCCCAUGGAGUCAUCAAUGACAGUUUUCUGGACCCACUGGUUUAAUGUGCAGCAGCAUCCAAAGAGAGCCAAGGGCACAGGAGGGUAUCCUCAGCUUGCAUUUUUUAGAUUGCUCUUCCUUCAGAUUAAAAAGUAUAGUCACAUUUCCAUAUUCUUUUUUCUCUUUACUUUCUAAGAAGAGACAGCAAUGAUCAGGAUCAAUUAUUAUACAUGGUGAAAUAUGAAAUCUUUAAAAUGAAGCAGUAAAUAUGUGACCAGCACUUCACGACUAGAGGCAAGGGCUAGUAGAGGAUAGUGCAACUAAAGAUGGAGAAAAACAUGUGAAUUUUCAAGAAACCUCACUAGUUUGUCAUACAAAGAUUUAUGAAAAAAUGGACUGGGCUUUUAGCUCAGUUGGCCUGUCUUCAAAUUCCCUAAUGAAAACAAAGCUAUUGGAUAUGCUGUGGCUGGAGUUGAUGUUCCAUGUCACAGGAGCACCUGUAGCUGACUUCCAAAAAUCACAUGCAUGGAAGCUGAUUAACUGACUCAGUCUCAAGUGAAUAAAACCAAAAAAAGAUAAUCAUUGCUAGAAUGGUAAACAGAUGGCUUCAGAAUUGGAAAUUCUAACCUUUUCAGAGACCAUUAUAUACGAUCAGUAAAUGUCUGCCGUUUUGGAAGUUGGAGACCUCCAUCCUCUUACUGGUACAAGCUUUGAUAAAGAGAACUCCAGGGAGAGGUAGAGUAGGGAUACUCUACAGCCUUAUUCCAAGCUCUGCUGAAAUAGGCUUCAUGGCUUCUGGUAGCAUCAGGCUGUAACCUGCAGUUCUUCCUGAGAGGAGGGUUGCUGUGUGUAACAUCUCUUUCUUUUACAAGGAAUGCUUCAUGUACUGUGGAGCUUUUGCAAGCAAAGUGGAAUAAAAUUUAGAGUAGAAUCUAUUGAUGGAUUUGGCUGGAGAAAUUUAACUGCUUCUGUUUAACUGUAUUCCUUUAAUUAAAAUUUCUGAUUUCAAAAAGGUUUUCUUACUUUGUUACGUCAACAUAAAUAAAUAAAUAAAUCACUACAGGUAAAAGAAUGAAAAGCAAAAUGAAAAACUAGGUUCUUCUCAGUUAACAAAUAUCUUAAUGCAGAUAUCUGACCAUAUUUUCCACUUCAUUUUUAUCAAGGUAAAAUUUUCUAAAACACUUAAGCUUUUUGUAUUGUACUGGGAACUGAAAAAAAAUAACAUUUUUCUAUUCCUGUUUUUAUGCAUUCUUUUCAAAAGCAAAGUCAAAAGAGUUCUUCUGUGAGAGGUAAAUAAAUCACUGCAUGACAAUUAUCAGCACAUACUUCAGCUUUAUUUUUGCAAAUUCAGUCCAGCUUUUUACACCUUGUACAGAAACCUGUAAAAAACUCUAAAAGAUGGAGAGUAGGACAGUCCCUCACAGAGUUGACUACUUGGUAAAGUGCUGUUUGGUACUAUUAUAGCACUCAGCAUUUUCUUGGGAAAGAAUGAUGGUCCAAAUUCCACCAAAUCCUGGUAAUAUACCAAGUUGGUACAAUUCCUAGUUUAUAUACAGAAGUAACAUGCUAGAUCAUAUGAGAAGCCCAAACCUUUAGGUUUUUCUGUCUGGCAUUUUCCCAGCAUUAAACAGGGAUUGUCUGCCUGCUGCUUUAAAGAGAGUAGAAAUAAAACCAAAGAACACCACACACCAAAACCACCCCAACCCUCAAAAAACCCCAAACCAAACACCACCAUUUGUGCCCUUCUCUCCAUUUAGCUAUUGAUUAGUUGUUAGGAGUUUACGUUUUGCUGGAAAGUACAAAAUCAGUAGGGGAUGAGCUGCAAACUUGAGAAGUCAGCUUGAACACGAUCUCACAUAUGCACUCAAUCCCAUGGUCUUAACAAAAAGCUUUGAGCUUCUGAGGGCAAAUAUUCAAGUCUGAAGAGAUUUGAAGUUCAAGAAAGCAACCUUGCUGGCUGAAGUCGUCUCCAUCACUUACACUUGCAUUCCCUUCCCUAUAGGAAGGAAAAGAUCAGAGCAUCCAGAGGAAAAGAGUACAAGG